GAAGGGGAGAGGAAGCGAGGACGACUAGAGCCAGCGAGGAGGCCGCGGCGGGCACGUCGGCCGGGCCGCCCCCGCGAGCAAGGCGCCGCCAUUCCGCUGCUCGGGGCGCCGCCGCCGCAGCCCGCGCGCCCGGGGGCCAUGCUUCCGCCGCCCCCGCGCCAGCCGCCGCCCCAGGCGCGCGCGGCCCGCGGUGCGGUGCGCCUGCAGCGGGCCUUCCUGCGCGGCCCGCUGGGCGUGCUGCGGCUGCUGCAGCUGGUGGCCGGCGCCGCGUUCUGGGUCACCAUCGCCACCAGCAGGUACCAGGGCCCCGUGCACUUCGCGCUCUUCGUGUCCGUGCUCUUCUGGCUCCUGACUCUGGGCCUCUACUUCCUCACGCUGCUGGGCAAGCACGAGCUGGUGCCCGUGCUGGGCUCGCGCUGGCUCGUGGUCAACGUGGCGCACGACCUGCUGGCAGCCGCGCUCUACGGCGCCGCGACGGGCAUCAUGAUCGACCAGACGCAGAGACACAGCUACUGCAACCUGAAGGAUUACCAGAUGUCCUGCGCCUACCACGCCUUCCUGGCGGCUGCCGUCUGCGGCGGCCUGUGCCUCGGCCUCUACCUGCUGUCGGCGCUCUACGGCUGCUGCCGUCGCUACCAGGGUGAACAGGAGGUGGCGUGAGGCCGCCGCGCGCGGGGCUGGGACCCUGCGGAGGACAGCACCCCAGUCCUCCCGCCGCCGCCCCGCGCCCGUGUGCCGUGGCACCCACCCCCUGCCUUGCGUCCCCGCCGCCUCCUACGCCCAGGCACCCUUGUCACGCAGUUCCCGCCCGACGGCAGCGCCGCCGCCCUGAGUCCGGACAGCUACGCGAGAUGCGCAGCCUCCAGGGACCAGCAAGGCUACAUCCGAGAAGCGGACGCACACUCUCGGACUGACAGCUCUGUUGCGAACUUCGAGGUUCCUCCUUCCCUUCCCUGCUGAGGGAGAGACGUGGACAGGCGCCGCGUAGAUCCGGGGGAAGUUACCAUAUCGCAGCCACUCUGAUGGCUGCGCCAUUGCCUCUCUCUCCCGCCCCGCGGUCGCAAGGGCCCCCCUUUUGGUUGGCCCCUCUUCCAGCCUUAAGUGCUGCAGAAGGCGGCGCGCAGUCGCGGGCGGAGCUGGGACAGUCCUCCACUGGUCCCAGGAUGAGCGACGAGUGUCGUUUUAGUUUGGGAUUGUUUGGGCGCCUUACGCAGCCCUUCCCCGCCCAUCCCUCGGUGCUUUGAUGUCGUGGGUGGGGCCCACCUGCAAAGGUGAGGAUGCAUAGAAGUAGGUGUACUAUUGCACUUUCGGAGGCUUUUCUCGCCCCAGCCAGCUCCGCCUUUGUCCUCGCGGUUCGUGGAGGCCAGGCCCAAACGCACACUAGCAUCCCUGGCCUCAGCUUCCUAGCCUUCGUCCCACAGGCUUCUCUGCUCCACCCCCGCCUCCCAGCAGCUUUUCGCAUUGGGGAUCCCACACGCCUGUCAAGGAAUGUUAGCGUGAGUCCCACCCCUUGCUCUUGGGAACAGCCAUAAUAUGAUCAGGACGCCGUCUACGGACUCCCAGUCCCGCGCUGUUCACAUUAAAGCAGUGGGUGUUCCCGGGAAUCCUGGCUCGGGAGCUACCCUGGGGGUUUCACGGCCAAAUGGGUUGGUCAAAGGUGCUAUCUACCCCUGGAGUUUCACGAUGUUCAUUAACAUAUCACAGGCUUUGCGAAAGCCCAGUGUAAAAGAAGCCCAAGUAAUUUAGUGUACAGUGCUAAUUAACUGCCUCUGGACCUGGACCAGUUUUUCCCACCUUAAGGUUCUAAGCAGCCCUGUGCUGUUCCUGCUUGCAUUCAUUCCUAAGGGGUCCAACCCAUUGACUAUGGUCUGACUGAAGAUUUGGACUGCUCCUCCUCUUUCCCAGGACGGUUGGAAGGUCUGUGAGGGAAGAGAGCUGUUCUCGCUAGGCCAGUGGGAGACUUGGGAACUGGUGGAUUUGAACAUUCCUUUACACUGUUUGGGAAAUGAAGCGAAGGUUAUCCAGAUGGUUUCCCAGUCAAAAAGCAUGUCACCUGUAAGAGAUCUUGACAUGACUGUGAGCAGCUGGCAGGAGUGGUCACUCACCAGAGAAAACCCUCUAAACCUGGGGUGAACAGCUGGCCCAGCCUCUGUAAGGUAAGAUGCUUCUUGGUUUUUUGGAGGCGUCUUAGGCCUUUGAAUAACAAACACAAAAGCCCCCUCCUUUUCUAAAGGUUUAAGGGUUAUUACUCAGAGCAAGUUGGAGGGGUGACAAUAAUAAUGACAAUGUCCGAAGAGUUGUGACAAGUCAACUUUUUCUGCUAAAUCUUUACAAGGAUUUAAAUGCUCUUGGAAAAAAUUCAGCCCUCUCUGGAUUAGAAGCUAGAAUAAGAGGCCAGAAUGGUUUUUGUGAACACGUUGUUAAGGCUCAGGUGGAGAGGUGUUUGGUUUCUCUGUUGUAGUUGUGAUGAUCUGGGAGGGGUGUGGGAGUACUUAUGUAGGUUUUACAUAGUCACCGCCAGGGCAUUUAUCUAGCCCUACUGUGUGCCUGGAACUGGUCACAGCCCUCAGACAUACUCAUUUCGUUCCCUCAACAACCCUAGUGAGGUGUGUUAUAUUAUUCUCAUAUUCCAUAUGAGGAAAAAGAGUCACAGCUAGUUAAAGAACUUGCCGGGAAGUCUCCCAGCUAGUGAGUUGAGUAGUGGAUCUAGAAUUUGAACCCACGCAGUUUGGGCUGUUCAGGACCACACUGUACUAUAUAUAUAGUGGGGUCAACACAUGUUAGAUUCUGUUAAUAUGAUUAUUUAAAAAAUGUUUUUGAAUUGUUGUAAAAUAUACGUAAAAUUGACCAUUUUAACCAUUUUUUAAGUUUACAUUCAGUGGCAUUAAGUAUGUUCACAUUGUUGUGCAGAUGUUACCACCAUCUACAAAACUUUUUCAUUUUGCAAAACUGAAACUCCGUAUUCAUUAAAACUGUGUUCUUUGUUU